GUUGUUGAUAAGUUUGCAUGACGUCAGCAUUUGCGCGCAGCCGCAGCAGCUGAGGUGAAGAUGGUGAUCGUCAAAGAAUAUCGGGUGGUCCUGCCCUGCUCUGUGGAGGAGUACCAGGUGGGCCAGCUCUACUCUGUGGCGGUGGCCAGUAAGAAUGAGACGGGGGGAGGGGAGGGGGUGGAGGUGCUGAGGAACGAGCCCUGCGAGAGGGACGGAAAGAAGGGACAGUACACGCACAAGAUCUACCACUUAGAGAGCAAAGUUCCCUCGUUUCUGAGGGCCAUGGCACCCAAAGACUCUCUGAAGUUUGAGGAGAAGGCCUGGAACCUCUACCCCUACUGCCAGACCAUUGUAACGAACAAGUACAUGGCGGACAAGUUUGAGCUGAAGAUCGAGACCUGGCACAAACCUGACAUGGGCACGCAGGAGAACGUCCACGAGCUGGAGGAGUCGGAAUGGAAGAAGGUGAGCGUGGUGGACAUCGACAUCGCCAACAGCCCGGUGUCGGCCAACGAUUAUAAAGAAGACGAGGACCCAACUUUGUUCAAGUCAAAGACAGGCAGAGGUCCUCUUGGGCCCAACUGGAAGAAGGAGCUGGAGCAGGACCCUGCGGCCGCGAAGAUGUGCGCCUACAAGCUGGUGACGGUCAAGUUCAAGUGGACGCUCCUUACGAGCAAAGUGGAGUCCUUCAUUCACAAGCAAGAGCAGAGGAUUUUCACUAACUUCCACCGACAGCUGUUCUGCUGGCUGGACAAGUGGGUGGACCUCGACAUGGACGACAUCCGCGACAUGGAGGAGAAGACGCAGAAAGAGCUGGAGGAGCUUCGACAGCACGGUGCAGUUCGAGGCACCUCUGCACAGGAGGACAAUUGAAGCUGAAUUUAUAAAAUGGCACCGUGUCAAAGAUGGAGGCUGAACGGAUACAGCCUCACCAGUAGGGGGCGGUCUUCGAUCAGUCUACAGUCCCCCUAUGGGAAAUCAGUAGUACUGUACCCAACCUCACCCAAUCCUAAGCCUCCUUUCCAUGCAAUCAAUUAAAAAAGAAAAAAUAGAAAAGUAUGUAUAUUUUUUAAAUUGUAUAAAUCAUGAUGGCACUACAUCUCUCUCUCUCUCUCUCUCUCUAUAUAUAUAUAUAUAUAUAUGUAUGUAUGUAUGUAUGUAUGUAUGUGUGUGUUUAUAUAUAUAUAUAGAGAGAGAGAGAGAGAGAGAGAGAGAGGGUGAGGGGUGAGGGUGAGGGUGAGGGUGGGGGGCGACUCCAAACCAGACCCCCGUAGCUGUUCUAGCCUCGUCUUGGCUGACGAGCCUUUCCCCCUUUGGUGCGUAAUGUCUGUUGUUUUGGUGGUUUUUGUUUGUUUCGGUUUUUGACAGACUGUCUAGACACCCCCCCUCCAAACCCACCCCCCACCCCCCACCCCCUUGUUUAUCACUGCGGAGCCUGCAGGUAGAUUCUGAUUGGCGGGGCUGUUUUGCUCCGAGGUGAAGCUGUUUCUCACAGAUUGCCCCCCCCCCCCCGUCAGUCCCGUGGCACUUAGCCUUCCUAUGCACUCCGCCCCCUUUCUCCUCACGUGGCUUUGAUUGUAGCGUGACCGCUGCUCGUUUACAGUGAUGCUCUGCCAGGCGGAGGAAUUACCCAGGAUGCCUUGCGGGUCGCUAGGUUUGCCCUGCAAUAUUCACCCCGCCCCCCUUCUCCCGAAGCCCCACCUCCACAUGUUUACAGGAUGGCCACGCCCCCCCUCACCGAGGCCCUGCCCCUUUCUCAGCUCUCUCUUUAAGCCCCACCUCCUUGCCGCAUGAUCUUCACUGCGAGAUAACGGGCCCCUCUGUCCGUCAGAGUGCCACUGUCGCCUUCAUUUGCACGACAAUCCGGUGUCCUUAACCCCCUGAGUGCCAUUACCUUGCUUUACCUGUUCGAACACAAAGAAGCCUUAUGGGCCGGGUGUUCAGGCAGAUAGGUUAAACACUGAAGUCGAUGAUUUUUUUAAAGUGCACAUCGAGGUGUUUUUUUCUACACGUGGGUCGAAGCUUCGCGCCCGUUUACACACACGCACGCGCGCUGCACUUUGGUUAUUUCUUAAGAACCGUGUGAAACCAGGGUGUGCAUGCUGAUGAAGCCUUCCUGUGCGAGAGGGGUUGUCUCUGGAGAACGGGCUUCGUACGGAUGGGUGAAGAUGACCCAGCUUGCAUCUAGCCCAGUCCUUUCCUGUGCUGUAUUCAGUGUGGUGGCGACUGGCUCUCACCAGCAGGGCGGUGCCCCCACACUCCGAUCACCAAGUGCCUGACCUCUGACCUCUGCCUCACACUCUCUGGUGAUGGGUUCUAGGGAUGAGAAGCUAUACCUGUUAAAACACUGAGUCUCUCUGGAUCCAUUAUGCUGUGGUUUUUCCUCCUUUCUUUUAAAUGUUAUUUUAGAAACGUUUGUCUUUUGGUCUCUUGGCGUAAUUUUUUUUUAAACCUACAGUUUGGUUUCGUCUCACCGAAACAAUGCUGUCAGGGGGUGGGGUUAUUGAUGACAAUCAAACCUAAACUGAACAGUCGUAAAUAUACCUGCAUGUCUGGCUGCUGUUACCGAUGAUUAAGCAGACGGACAGAUUAUUCUGAUUAUGCCUUCCAGUUUCUGACGUCUGUGGAGAUUCGGGGGAAAUUGUGAAUGUAUGACAUUAUACUCUUUCUUUCUCUCGUUAUGUUAUGUGCAGAUUUUGAGACAAUGAAACCUUAAAUGAAUAUCUAAUAAAAUUUCCACACACA